CCCACCACCAAUCACGACGGCGAUUGAUGAUUUCGCCCGUGGUGGUGGUACAAGUCGAUUUAUCAUGCUCUCCCCGUUGUUGAAGACGGUCGCUUACACUCGCGUAGCAUGGCCGAAGCAUCGUUGCAAAUCAACAGGUGGCUGCCCUGAUUGAGAACACUGGGGGGUUGCCAUACGAGAGUCACGCCAAUGAAGAUGGAAGGUUUCUGUUUUUGUUUUUUUUGUUUUUUGGUCAUUGCCUUAGCACAAUGUGAAAACUAUCAUACAUGAAGAAAAGGGAAAAAAACAAAACAAAAAACAGAGAAGCCCACCAACCCCAGCAAGAAAAGAAGAAGAAAAAGCCGAAAAGCAAGAACACAGCAACCACCCCCAAGCACACACAACCAGCCCCGGAAAACACACACAACGCCCAGCAAACACACAACACACCCCCUCCCACCUGGAGCCUCCGGGCCAACCGAGAAAAAACACCCAACUACCGUUUCCCAGGAUGCCCAACAAGGACACCAACGAGGAGAAGGACGAGGAAACAACGACGGCGCCCCACAGAGGAAGAAGAGGAUCCAUCUCACUUUUUCUCCUCCUUCUUCUUCUUCUGCUCCUCCUCUUCUUCCUCUGCGGCACGCCGGCGUUGUUGCCUCGUCCUCUCCGCGGUGGUGUCCUUGUAGACAUCCCGGAGGUAGUUGGGGUCGGUGGUCCGGAGCCCCAGGUCCAUCCUCCGGCGGGCGUUGACCUGUUUACGGUCAACGCCCGUAUAGGUGGUGUCGAGCCCC